CGCAAAGCCAGCAACGGAGAUGGAAGAACAAACGCGAACGACAGAGACGCUGAGCAAAGGGCAGGAGCUGCGAGUGGAGGCUCAGCCACAGCAGCCGGUCUCCGUCAAGGUCAACUUUGGCAAAGCCGAGCUGCUAGGCACAGAGCUUGUCGCAGGCAAGGAGUACAAAUUGAGCAGUGAAAGUCAGCCCAUCUUCACUUGGCACGGCUGCUCCAUCGCACACACCGCAACCACGGAUGCAGCUUAUGUCGCAGAGGAAACGCCCAUGCGGCAGAUGCUGAACCUGCACGCGGCUUUGGAGAACCAGAGACAAAAAGCGCAUGAUUCCAACGGCCAGGGCCCAAGGAUCAUGGUUGUGGGUCCAGACUUUUCCGGCAAGUCGAGCUGCUGUAGGAUUCUUGCCAACUACGCCUGUCGCAUGUACCGCACGCCCAUCCUCGUCGAUGUUGAUCCAAAUGAUAAUUUCUUUGGCAUGCCGUGCUGUGUUGCCGCUGCGCCUGUCACGCAACCAGCCGACGCCAUAUCGGGCUUUGUUGAUGCAACACCAGUGUUUUUCCACUUUGGCCACACCACCGUCAAGGGGAAUUCAAAGUUCUAUGCGAAAGCGGUGGAGCGCCUUGGCAAGACCGUGCAGGCCAAACUCAGCGAGGAUGACAAGGCGCGGGCAUCUGGGGUCGUUGUCAACUGCCCCACGUGCCCUUCCGAUACGCUUCUUCAGAUUCAGGCCGCUUUCAAUUGUGAUGUGAUUUGCGUCCUGGACCAAGAACGCCUCGUGAACGAACUCAAGCGCAAGCUUACCGCUUCCAAGGUGGACGGGGUAAAGAUUCUCAAAAUUCCCAAGUCUGGUGGUGUAAUCCCACUGGAAACAGAGGCCAAGCUGCGGCGAACACAGGAGCGCAUUCGCCAGUACUUCUAUGGCGUCCCCCACCAUAACCCGUUUAUGCCCCACUCAGUCUCCAUCCCCUUUUCAAGACUGCGCCUCUUCAAAGUUGGCGCACCGGAGGUGCCACUGGAUUGUUUGCCGAUUGGCGCCAAGCGCACCGAACACGAACUCGAGCUUGAGCCCAUCCUCAAGUUCUCCGUCGACCUGCUUCGGCACGUGGUUUCUGUGGUGGGAUGCGAGAUGACGGCAAACUCUGAUCAGAUCAAGUACAGUGCAUUGUGUGGGUUUGUCGUCAUUGAAAGCUACAACGAGGAGCGCGAUUCGAUCAAGCUGCUGGCCCCAGCACCCGACCGUCUUCCAUCCACCGUGUUUCUCUUGCACGAAACAUCAUUCUCUGACACGUCCUAACCGCAACUUGAUGACCAUAGUACAAUCGUCGUCGCCUGAUGGAUGUUGCUUGUACUCUUGCUAUUAAACCCGUUUUAGCCGG